AUGGAAGGACUUAUGAAGGGAUUGAUGAAUGUAGCAUUGGAUCACAUUAAUAAUCAACGUGGCGGCGGUGGUGGUGGUGACGAUGAUCGUCGAGAUGAAAGGGACUCUCAGCCAAUUAGGGAAGAACAACCUAGAUCCAGUUGGGCGCAGGUGGUGUCUGGUGAGGAUGAUGAAAACCAUGGCGCCUCCAAUUCCAACACCUGCAAUUCUAACACUAACACACAGGAAGAACGUUACGGAAGAAAUGAUGACAGGAGGAAAUCAGGAGGAGGAUCCAGAACCCAAAAGGAGGAGGGAGAUGAAAACAGUACUGAUGGUUGGGAGACUGUGCAGCAGAAGAAGAAGAAGCCUUCCAAACAGCAUCACAAGGUGAUUAAGGAUAACUGGAACAAUUACAAGCGCCCCGCAAGCGAGCAAGGUUACUCAGGCGAAUCUGACUGUGGUGCUGACGUGGAGCCCUCGGAAGAAGAGCUCUCUGAUCUUUCAAAGGCUCUUAACAAACUGUGGGAUCUCGAUUUAAACCGUUUAGUACCCGGGAAACAUUACGAGAUCGAUUGCGGUGAAGGGAAGAAGGUUUACCAGAAGCAAGACAUGGCUGAAGGGGGUUUAUUUUCUUGGCUGAGCGAAGAGGUGUUUACGAGGCCUACAUACUCGCGUUUCUGUUCGCUUCUCGAUAACUACAACCCGCACGAGGGUCUUAAAGAAGUAGUGACAAACGAAGAGAUACAAGAGCAAGCGGCGUUUAUCGAAGAGAUAAGCAGAAGUGCGCCGAUUAAGUACCUUUACAAGUAUCUCUCCGCAAAGGGCGUCGCAUCCGGUAGUUUCCAAGACUUCAAGAGAAUGAUGACGAGUCUCUGGUUCGACCUUUACGGACGAGGCGGCACUUCCGGUUCUUCUUCUGCUUUCGAACACGUCUUUGUCGGAGAAAUCAAACAGCGCGGGGAGCAACAAGUCUCCGGAUUCCAUAACUGGAUUCAGUUCUAUCUGGAAGAGUCGAAGGAGAGGGUGGACUAUCAAGGUUAUAUUUUUCCUCGGAGGCGUGGCCAAGUGCCUGAUGCAGAAACACAGUUGCUAACAAUACAAUUUGAAUGGAAUGGGGUUCUAAAGUCGGUGUCGAGCACGUUGGUUGGAGUGAGCCCGGAGUUUGAGAUAGCAAUAUACACACUGUGCUUCUAUUUGGGGGGAGAAGAUAACUAUGUCGAACUCGGUCCGUACCCGGUCAAUAUCAAGUGCUAUCGUCUUGGCAACAAAAUUGGAUCUGCUUUUCCGAUUGCCGACUCGUAAUCCAUGCAAUCUAAUCUCUCUCUC